GGAAGAAGCUAGAGGUAAAAUCUAAAUGUUUUUGUUUUGUUGGUAAGUAUAAAAUCUAAAUGUUUUUGUUUUGUUGGCAAGUAUUGUGAUGUAUAUAUAUCCAUAUAUGUAUGGACAAAAUGGAAAAGGGUUAUAGUAUAGGAGUAGGGUAAGAAUUUGAAAGGCAGUUUGGAUUUAGAACAAGUGUGAAAGGCACGAGACAUGAAGAAAACAAUAAAUGAGAGGAGGAGGAGACGAGUAAAGAAGAGAGGGUUGUGAUGAGGCUUAUGAUAACCCUCAUGAUCGUCAGGUCGUUUUUCAUUUGCGACUCCCAAAAAGCCUCCCAGAAUUCCACGCUUCCUUCCUCACCUCAUCUUCCACACACUGCUACUACUGUCUCUAUUGCUACCACCCUCCUCUCUCUCUCUCUCUACUUUUGUUUGUUUUGUUUUUCUUUUUCGAAUUUGCUUUGUCCCUUCUCCUCCAUAUGAGGUUGCCUAGUCAACCUCAUGUGUUGCAGCUUACUUUGUUCCGUAUUAAACUAGCACCACACUAGCUAACUCUUCUCUUCUUUCUCUCUAUAGUCAUAUAGAGUGAUCAAUCCCCAUCUCUGAAUGUCUGAGACUCAAAAAUACAUACUGUUUCAGCUCAAUUACUACCCAUUUUCAAUUGUCGGCACAAUACCCUCUCUCUUAUUCUCUCUUCUCCCUUCUCUAGCUAGCUAGACAGCAUCAAUAUAUACUAAAUAUAAACCAGGUCUACUCCCUAUGCAAGGUAGCUAGGCUUCACCCUAUUGCAAACACCACCUCUUCUUCUCCAUGUCCCAUUUCCCACACCAUUGCUAACUUGCAUGCUCUUCCUCCUCCUUUUCCCAUUUUCUUCACCAUUCUUCAAUCUUCAACCCAUCCUUUGAAAGCAUCACUUCACUUUAGUACUACUUACUUAUAUGUCCACCUAAAGACAUCCCUUCAUUCGAAGGCCAUUAUUAGCUUGGGAGUGAGUGAAAGAAAGAGAGAAGUACAUAUAUAUAACUAACCCUAGCCAGCCUAGAUUGGUAUUAAAAAUGUGGAUGAUGGGUUACAACGAUGGUGGUGACUUCAACAUGAUUCCGGAUUCAGCCUUCAACGGUCGGAAGCUUCGGCCUCUCGUUCCUAGGCCUCUGUCAUCUCCUCAUAACAACAACAACAACAACACUUCAACAAGUACACAUGCUCCACCUUGUUUCAGUCGAAUUCAUGCUGCGUCUGAUUUCUUAGCACAAUAUCACCAGCUGGGUGAACAAAGAGGGAUGAGAGAGUUCAAUACGGUGCCGCAGGUUGUGGUGAGCUCGAGAUGGAACCCCACGCCGGAACAGUUGAGGGCACUAGAGGAGUUAUAUCGACGAGGGACUCGAACCCCAUCGGCUGAGCAGAUUCAGCAAAUCACUGCUCAGCUUAGAAGGUAUGGAAAGAUAGAGGGCAAGAACGUGUUCUAUUGGUUCCAAAACCACAAGGCAAGAGAGAGACAGAAACGCCGUCGCCAGAUGGAAUCUCACGACGACCUUCAACUCAUGUGUUCAGAUCACCAAAAGAAGGAAUCAUUAGGCGGGGCAAGUAGGACAGUGUAUGAAGUUGAAGAGACCAAGAAUUGGGCACCCUCUGCAAACUGCAUGACUACUAGUCUCCAAGAUCAGCUUCAUCAUCAACAGGAAACAGUAAAAGCAGGAGCAGAGAGCAGGACGGAAGCAUGGGUCCAAUUCGGUGAGGAAGAAUUGCAGCAACUUCAACAAGAGCAAAGAAGGAAUUCCAUGACUGUAGAAAAGAAUGCCAGGUGGCAGAUGAUGCAGUUGUCUUGUCCUCCUCCUCCUCGUCUUCAUGACCUCACCCACCUCAUAAACGCCCCCACUUGUACCAGAACGACAGUAAGAACAAUGGAGAUGGACCAAAAGCAGCUCAUUAAUAACCGUAAUAAUAAGACUAGUCCUCCUCAUGAUCUCAGCAUCUUUAUAGCUCCCUACAGGUCUGGCGCUGCCCUUAACGGUCGCCAUCUCCAACAAAACCAACACCGUAACGAAGAAGAAGAUAUUUCACGUGGAGAUCAGUCUCAAACCCUCCAGCUAUUUCCGCUUCGGAGUAGUACUUGCGGCGAAAAAGAUCAUCUUACAACCGAGAAAUCCUUGCUAAACCCUAGUUUCGGCACUGGCCCUAAUUACCAGUUUUUUGAGUUCCUCCCAUUGAAGAACUGAUUAACCGGCCACGUUAAUUAAUUUGGUACGCACUACUUUAAUUUCUAGCUAUUAAUAUAUGUAAGAUGUUGAUCAUGGAAAUUAAUUGGUAAGAUGGAAGUAAUGUUUUGUUA